AUGAGCCACCUCGAGCUCGGGGCCGGUGGAGGGCGGGGGGAUGCCAAUGGUCCUUCCGCCUCAGAAACUGGCCAGUCGCCACAUCAUCAGACUCAUUUUCCCGCACCCUCCGUCUCGAGUGAAGAAGCCGACGAGGCCAGGCGCUUUGUGGAUGCCAUUGGCGCCUUCCUUCGCCCGACCAGCGACGAUGCACAGCAAAAGGCUCACGAACACUUACUGCGCUUUCGCAAACAGCGCUUCGCCUGGCGCGUCUGUCAGCUGGUGGCGCGUACCCCAGCUAUGUUAGAAAGCGACGUGCUGCACUUUGCGCUCCAAACGUUGGUGCAACUUGCCAUGCGGGGCAAGUGGCAACAACAAGCAGAUGCCUGGUCCUCAGAUGCAACUGCGCUGCUGCCCCUCGCUGCCCAACUCCAGAGUGAUGUCCUGCAGCGUCACGUUAUGCGAGCUAUCACGGCUCUUUGGUUGCGCCAUGGACACAUUGAAACCCUCUAUGCCGAUCUAGAGGCGCUUCAUGCACACAUUGGUGGUGUGCCCGCCUCCGAAUCGCAGCGGCGCUUUCUAUGGUUUUACCUCCUUGAAUCACUCCCCGAACUCGUCGCGAACAAGUUGCUGAUGGUCGCACCCCAACGCCGCACAGCACUUCAAAAUGCCCUGCGAGAAAGUAUUGCCACUUUAGUUUUCUCCGAGCUGAUGGCAUGCCUGGAUCACGAGUCUGUACCUCUGCAGCUCAUCUGUGGUGUCGCUCGCGCAUGGAUCGAGGGAGUGGGCGUUGCUUGGGAGGCCAUGCAGCAUCUGCUCGGACGCCUGGCCAAUGGGCUGCAUACAAUCUUGCCCCUCGACACCAGUCAAGAGACGCUUCAGAUUGUGGUCGAGGUUUUUGUCGCCGUGCUUGAGAGCAACUCGACUGUUGAAGUCGUGGGCACGUUCAUGGCCAGUGUGAUCGGCUUUCCCACCGCUGCUGCUCAGCCGGCGCUUGUACAUCUUGCGACCACCUGUGGGCGACGUGCUCUGAUCUUUCUUGAAGACCCCCGUCUCCUUGAUCUCUGGCCACCGCUGUUGCAAAUCAUCAUCACAGCUACCCAGGCCCGCGAGCUUUCUGUCUCGUCGGCCUGCCUUGACUUUUGGGAAGUUUUUGCGCUUGAGCUGAAGGGCGAUCAGUGUCAGCGAUUUGAACCCGUUCUUCAGUCCGUCUUUGCAGCCAUCCUGGCAGCCUGCGAGUACCCAUCAGACAUUUUGGAGCGGGACCACAUGUUUCAAGACGAGUUCACUGAUGUGCGCGAGCAGGGCCGCGCAGCUCUCCGCGCUACCAUCAAAGCCAAUCCCGGUAUUGCGUCGUGGUUUGCCCAACAUCUCCGGCAUGAACUCGGCACGGCGCUUGCUGCAAUCGAAGCGGGUGAUGAUGCCUGGUCCUUGGUCACGAUCCUUCAUCUUGAGGGGCUUUUGCAUGCGCUGAGCGCUUGUUGCAAACUAGUCUUCCCCACCAACACCACCAGUGAUGUACAAACCUGCCCACCUGAAGUCGCCCAAGAACUCUGCGCAGCUACUCUUCGUUUGCCCCUUCAUCCCUGUCUGCAGCGCACACUCGUGCUAGCGUUGGGCAUGAUUUGGCCCUGGCUUGCGCACUAUCCUGCCCUUUACGUGGACGUGGGCCGGCACUGCAUCCAAACCCUCGCUCUGCCGGAAGAGGAUGCCAACUUUCCCAUGCGUCUUAUGGAGGAUCACGUAGCCAGUGUGGCUCUGCUCAAGUUGGUCCAAGGUCCGGAUGCGGGUGCCAUUUUUGUGGAUCUUUUCCACGCCUGGCAACAGCAGGCUGCGCGACCCACCAUGGCUGAAGCCAGUCGCCGCCUACUCGUACAGGCGUGUGUCCAAGCUGCUUUACGAGCCUCUCAGCCCGAAGAGCCCUGCAUGACCCUCUUGACGGCCCUCGUCGAACGUGCCAGUGAAGUCGUUCAAGCCCACGAUUUGCUGGGGCCAGCCGCCUGGGCAGAUAUCGACACCGCCCAGGAACUGAGCGCCAUUCUCGCUGAGUUGGUGGCUGCCGUUCGCGGCAUCCACUUGCCAGCCGCAGCAGCUUUUAUGAGCGAUCUCUUUCGUGGUCCGCACUUUAUCCUGGCUCUCCUCUUUGGCGGCCCCAACAGUGGACCCUGUCAGCUUUCAGAAAUACUCGAUCAGCUUCAGGAGCUGGCUUUUGCCACCCUGGGCAUCAUUUCUCCGCCUUCUGCCUCGACUCUUUCAGCCGUGCUCCAGCGUUUCUGGCUCUAUUUUGCGCGCAUCAACUUCACCUCAGCCCCAUGCCUGCGCGUCAUUGCUGAGUGCAUUGAUCAAGGCGCCCUUCACCACGAAGGCCUUGAUGCACCUCUGCAUGAGCUGCUUGCACUUUUGCGCAACCGCGAAGGGUUGGUGCAAGCGUACGCAGAUGCCGGGCCCGACACGGUUGAGGCUCUAUUUUGCCUCUUUCAGACCGUGGCGCGCACUCACCCCCAAUAUCUUCUCCACCAACCUGAGCUCGCCAUUGACCUUCUUAUUCACCACUUUCUCGGGCCUACGUUUACUGCCGUGUUGCAACACCGUCCCGUCAUUUCUGCGGCUCUGGGCUACGUGGAGGCGUGCGCGGCACGAAGCCCGGAAGGCAGCCCCUCUAUUUUCGAUGUGGCUCUUGAGCAUCGUCCUACUGCCAUUGCAGAGAUUGUGGCCACUCUUCUGUCUGCCCUCUGUCUCAUCUUCCCAAGCCACAUGCUUGAGGAUACGGUUGCCACGUUUCGUCGAUUGAUGCAGCCUUACUCGCUCGAGCGCGUGGGCGAAUGGGUCGCAUGGGCCAUCAAUCAACCGGCUUUUCCACGCUACUCUGUGAGCGCUACGGCCAAGCAAAUAUUUGCGCAGGAAGUUGUUCAAGCCUUACAGCAGCCUGCCUCAUCGCGCCUCAAGGGCACAAUCAAGCAGUUUUGCGGCGGCAAGAAAAAGGGCACUUCAGGUACGCCUUCCCGGACCACCUCAGCCGAGAGGGCUUAUUCGGUCUAA